UAUGUGGUCUGUGGUUGCUGUAUUCAGGAUGGAGCAAGCAAGCUGCAGACCAGAUUUUCAGAGUGGCCAGACCUCCACAUACGGCUGGACAUCUGGCAUUUUAUGAGGAGAUUAGCUGCUGGGUGCACCACAGAUGCCCAUCCCCUCUACCCCACCUUCAUGGGUUGCCUGUCUGCCUGCAACCCAUGAAGUUCUCCUGGUGGACUGGAGAAUCAGUAAGAAGGAGCUGGCACAGUACUGCAGCAGGAGAACACCCAGUGAGGAUGCCACUAUCAGCCUCAUAGAGCGCCUGCUGGAGAACCUGAUGGGGUCAAGUGGGAGUGAUCUUAUGGGGGUGCCACUCCUGCACCAGGAGCGCAUGGAGCACAUCUGGCAUGUGCAGAAACGCCAUGUCAGGUGUAUCCAGGACGUACCAGGUGUACAACUGUACACAGAAACAGGUACCACCACCAAAGGAGGAGUCAUCCUAACCAGGUACCGGUGUGCCAGAGGGUCCACAUCCCUGGAAUCCUUCCACUGCCACCUGAACAGGUUCAUUCCAGGAACCAGUGCAAAUACACUGAAUAUCCAGCUUUACCUCCUGGAAGGCCUGAACAGGUGGAACCAGGACAGGAGGACUGCUGCAGUGACCACCAAACCAGCAUGUCUCCUCACCUAUGCUGGGGAUGUGGCCCACUGCGUGAACACCAACAGCCUGAAGGUGUUUGGCCGAGCGCAUCUGCCCACGUUCACACCACCUGCCAGAUACACUGGAGAGCUGCUUGGUGUUGACUACCUGCUGAGUCAGACUGGACAGCCCCUGAAGGUGAACCCAGACUCAGAGGAGACUGAGGACAUGCUGGAGGAUGUGGAGGGGAACGAGGAAGAAGAAGAAGAUGAGGGCUCUGAUGAGGAUCAAACACCUGAUCUUAUGAUGUCAAGUCUCCUGGAUGACCCAAGUUUCUCUGUCAUCUCUCAGCCAUGUCCCUCCUCUGAACUUCCCUCCAUGUUUGCUGCCUCCACCCUGGCUGCUUCCUCCACCAUGGCUGCUUCCUCCACCCUGGCUGCUUCCUCCACCCUGGCUGCUUCCUCCACCCUGGCUGCUUCCUCCACCGUGGCUGCUGCCUCCACCGUGGCUGCUCCCUCCACCCUGGCUGCCUCCUCCUCCCAGGCGACUGCUCCUUCCAUGGCUGCUGCCUCCUCCCUAGCUGCUGCUGCUUCUGCUGACGAGUCUGGGGCUGUGGAAGACUCUGGCAUGCCAGGCAUGGACAGAGUUGACAGCUUGGCAGCAUAUCUGGUGGAGCUGAGAGAUCAGCCUUCUCUGGUCCUAACCAACCAGCAGGCAAGCAACAUUGUUGCUCUUUGGCAGAACCUGCUGGACUAUGAUCGGCAGAGAGUGGUGUUUGCAGCCAGACACCAGCAAAAGCUGAACACGGGGAGGUUCAGAGUCUCAAAGAAGAGGGAGGAGUUCACACCAGGGGUGGAGAGUGUCAGGAGGCAUACACUCACCACCACUGCCCCACUGGCCCAGUGGCCAGAUUGCUGCCGUCUGAUAGAGAUUCUGUUUGUCCGACUCUGUGCUAUCCACCGCAGUCCCAAGAAGCGGGGGACUGGCACAUAGGAAAAUCAGACAGCGCAUUCUGUCCAAUGGGACAGUGAUGCAGCAGACCAACCUGCAGCUGGUGGACGUGAGCCACACCACCCUUGUGCAGUGGCAUAAUAAGAGGGUCAAAAGCCAGGAGCAAUCAGUGCUGAUGCAGGGGUUGAAUUUACCGAGCCGCUUCUCGGUGGCUGUUGAGCCUCUACUCCCGGCUAAUUUAAGACCUGAUUCUGCGCCUCCCCAGCCUGGCCCACCUCACCUGUAUCACCUGCCCAGCAGCACCGUGGGUCAGGCGCAGGUGAAGAGGAGGUUGGCAACCACAGCUGCAACACCGCCAGCUGUAAGGCCACGUACCCAGCGGCAGCUGCUCCAUUCUUGGGCCCCCAGGUGAUGCAGACUCCACAGUGCCUGGGUAUCCGCCUCUCUUCUGUCGCUACUACUCCUCCACAGGCCCUGGGAUUCCUCCUCCCCUCUGCCCCUCCUGCUCCUGCGUCUGCUCCAGCCAGAAAGCUGACCCGCAAAGUACUGCACAAUACGUGCAAGAAAUGCGGGCAGUUUAGGACAGCAGAGACUGGGCACAGCCAGUACAAGGGUGUAGUAUACUGCCCCUCUGUAGAGGCUGUUCCCAAGGAGCAGUGGUUGGAGGGGAUGAAAAAUAAAAAUAAAUAGUUGUUUGUGCCCCAGCAUGGGCACUGGGCUACUGCCCCUCUAACCCCCCUUCCAGAGCCCUCCUUCAUGGCCAAUAGUUGCCAACUCCACUGGUUGCAAAAAAAGUUCAAUGUGGAGACUGUUUAAUUGUGUUGUGGCCAUUUCUGAUUUCCCUUGCAGGUUUUGUAUUUUUGUAUUUUAUUUUAUUAGUAGUAGAGACUGUGUCGUGCUGUUUUUAACUGUGUUGUGGUCAUUUCUAAUUUCCCUUGUAGGUUUUUUUUAAUUUAAUUUAAUUUAAUUUUAAUUAUAUUAGUAGUAGAGACUGUGUGAUGCUGUUUUUAAUUGUUCUGAUGCUGUGAUUGUUUACAAUAAAAGUUGGAUUCAU